GCCUCUCUCCCCGGCCCAGGACCAGCGCUGCUCUGCGCAUGCCCGUCCGGCCGAGCAGACUUCAAGGAGUCUCCCCCAGGCACAAAACUUUCUGCUGGACAAUGUCGCGACCCGGUCCUCCCCCGGAGUCAGACAGAAACAGUGUGAUAGAUGAUGCUAAGGCCUGCUUAAAAAAGCAUGAUGCUGGGACCAAAUAUUCUCACUCGUCAUCUAAUAAAUAUUCCAUCCUUUUACCAUUGUUGGCAAAAGAAGGAAAACUCCAUCUGUUGUUCACCCUCCGGUCCGAGAAGCUAAGAAGGUCACCUGGAGAAGUUUGCUUCCCUGGAGGCAAGUGGGAACCUACGGAUGUGGAUGAUGUGGCCACAGCUCUCCGCGAAGCCCAGGAGGAAGUGGGACUGCAUCCUCAUCAAGUGGAGGUCGUCUGCCGCCUGGUGCCGCAGCCGCUUGACAAAGACGCACUGUUAACCCCGGUUGUAGGAUUUAUAGACCACAACUUCCAGGCCCAGCCUAAUCCCGAUGAAGUUAAGAAUGUGUUCCUGGUGCCUCUGGAAUAUUUCCUGCAUCCAUAUGCCUACCACCAGAAUCAUGUCACACGUUCUGGUCAUGAUUUUAUUAUUCAUUGCUUUGAGUACACAAACCCUGAAGAUGGUGUGACUUACCAUAUCAAGGGAAUAACUGCAAAAUUUGCCCUGCUCAUUGCCUUGAUUAUUUUGGGGAAAAAACCCACCUUUGAGGUUGAAUUUAAUCUCAGUGAUCUAAUAUCCUCUGAAGAGUCCUCCCUGGAGCCUCAUAAACAUGCUACAAGCAAGUUAUGAUUUAUGAGACCAGCAUCCAAAUAACUAUCUAAAAGGUUUUUGUGGGUGCUUAUCUACAGAACAACAAUAAUGCCAGCUGUUGAAAUUUGACAGGUCGGAAUAUUUUUCCUGCAAUAAGAAGGUAAAAACCUCACCUUUUUUCCAUUGCUCUCUAUUACCUGAAAGAGCAAAAGUCUUUCAAAAGUGGAAAAAUGUGUUUAUAGUGUUGCAUAAUUCACCUACAAUAUGUUAACAAUAUUUUUCUUACAAAUGUAAGAAAAUGUAUAUGGCACAUGGUAGGCACUUAAUAAAUAUUCAUUGGAUAUAUGACCAUGUGGCAUUUAUCUUAUUUGUAAGAGGUAAAUAUCUCUUUCUGUCUGUUGUUACAUGUGAUAGAAACUUCCAGCCAGCCAUCAGAAACUAUCCUCCCGUUCUUCUAUGGCAGUACGCUUGAAGCUGAGUCCAUAGGUCCCCAGGUAGAAACACCAUUACCCUUGCAGUUAAAUGUGGCUCUGGGACUUAGUUUAGGCCCAUGGGAUGUGAGUGAAAGUUGACUUUGCAGGUCAUCUCCAAUUUAAGAGAUAAGCCAGCUUUCCUGGAUUCUCUUUCCGCCUUUCCGUGAGCUGCAACAUGGAUUGAUCUGCAGUCCAGCCUUGACCAUACAGAUGAAGACAGUUCCUGGAGGAAUGGCAGAACCGAAAGAUGGGAAGAGCUUGGAUCUCCGAAUGACUCUGGAGCAAAGCAACCCACCAUUCCGGGCUGGUCAGUUGGGACUGUUACUGGGAGAGAAGAAUAAAAUUCUGUUAUCUUUCUGCCACUAUAAUUUGGGGUCACUUUGUUAGAGCAGAGCUGUACCACUAAAUGAUAUAUCGUAACACUUGAAAAUGGCUGGAUGGAUAUUCACCCAAACUUGAGGUGUUGCCAGCAGUUAGAAUUCGGGAGAUCUGACACUUAACACAGGGGUUCUGUGACAUG